CACGGCCACGGGCCGAGAUGUGUUCACUUGUGAGGUAUUCAGUUGCCAUCAAGUCGUUUUUAGGGCUGUGUGCCUGGCAGAGCUCAUACAACUAGGAGUUCAGCCGCAGCUGGCACCAUGCGAGCUCUCACGGAAGCAGUGUUCCUGUUUGUCCUCGUGUUCUUGGAACCGUACGGCCAUGCAGAGGGAAGCAGGAAGUUGAGGAUGCUGGAGAUGGAGAGGAACGUAGACUUUGGCGUGAAUGUCGGGGGCGCCGCGCACCCAUGCUACCGGCGAUGCAACGGCACCGCCAUGGACUGCCACUACAACAUGACCCUGGCCAUGUACUCCACGCUCAGCAUGCACUGCGGCGACUGCCCCAGGACGCGGAGCCACUGCGACAACCCCGGCUGCAUCACGGCGGGAGGCACCGACAGACCCGUGUUCGUCUCCAACCUCAUGAUGCCCGGCCCCUCUCUUCACGUCUGCGAGGGCGACCGGCUCAAGGUGCGGGUGCUCAACGACUUCGCCAACGAGGGCGUGACGCUGCACUGGCACGGCGUGUGGAUGCGGGGCUCGCCGCACAUGGACGGCGUGCCGUACGUCUCGCAGUGCCCCAUCCAGCCCAACAACGUGUUCGAGUACUCGUUCACCGCGUACCCGGCCGGGACGCACAUGUGGCACGCGCACGUCGGGCUCCUGGAGGCGGACGGGCUGUUCGGGCCGCUGGUGGUGCGCCGGCCCGCCGAGCCGCACGCCGCGCUCUACGACGAGGACCUCCCCGAGCACACGCUCGCCCUGUGGCACUGGUACCCGUUCCUCGCCUACGACUACCUGCCGAUGAGGCUGUUCCGCAACCAGAGCGUGUCCGGGGCCGGCAUCCUCGUCAACGGCAAGGGGGUCAUGGCGUCCAUCGCGGGCAGAGACGCCCCCUGCGAGGAGAUCCGCGUGCAGCCGGGCAAGCGUUAUCGGCUCCGGUUCCUGUACAAUAGCGUCGUGUACUGCCCGGUGCAGGUCUCCAUCGAUGGCCACAAGCUGCUCGCCGUCGCAUCCGACGGAGCAAACUUCAAGCCGGUGGAAGUGGAGAGCGUGAUGCUUAACGCGGGCGAGCGCUGGGACGUGGUGCUUCGCGCGGACCAGCCCGUCGACAAGUACUGGAUCCGCAUGCGCGCGCUCGGGGACUGCGGCGAGACCAAGGCGCGCGUCUUCCAGCAAGCCGUGCUCACGUACGAGGGCAGCAACGUCGCGCUCCCCUCCGCGGCCAGGCCGGAGUACCACACGAGCGCGCGUCAGGGUCAGCUGCUAAACCCCAUGCAAGUCGUGGUGGCGGACUACUCCGAUAACCCGUUGGUCCGCGUCACGGACUUGGAGAACAUCGACAACUCCACGCACGGUGACAUCGCGCGGAGCCCGGACCACACCCUGUACCUCGAGCUGUCCUUCCACCUGUACGACGAACUCCCCGCCCCGGGUCCGUACCCACAGAAUAACCGGGUGACGUUCGAGUACCCGGCCGUGCCGAUGAUCCUGCAGCGCUACCAGAAGUCCCCCAGCGAGUCCAUGUGCACGUUCGCCGACGCCCAUAAGCACUGCCUCGGCUCGUACUGCAGCUGCGCGCUCACGGAACGCAUCCCGCUCGGCGCGCUCGUGGAGAUCGUCCUCGUGGACCAAUCAGCGACUGACCGUGAGCAGGACCACCCCUACCACAUCCACGGCACCAACUUCCACGUCGUGGCGGAGGGCACUCUCGGGAGGAACGUGUCCAUGGAGCUGGUGCGUGCUCUCAACGAGAACGGCGGGAUGAAGAAGAGGCUGUCGGACUCGGCGCCGCUCAAGGACACCGUCACCGUCCCCAGCCAAGGCUACGCCGUCAUCCGAUUCCGCGCCAACAACCCCGGCUUCUGGUUCUUCCACUGCCACGUGAGCAACCACAUCCACCUGGGCAUGGGGCUCGUGCUGCAGAUCGGGGACGAGAGCGAGAUGCCCGCCGUGCCACGCUCCUUCCCCCGCUGCGGCGACUGGACCUACACGGAGGACGCCGAGCCCUCGGGCGCGGCGGGGCUGGUCGGCGCGCUGUUGCUCCCGAUCGCCUCGGUGCUCACCGCCCUCUACAGAAUGGAGUCGGGCGGGCGGGGUUGGUAAUAAAAAUGCUCUCAAACUUCA